AUGGAUGUGGUGUCAUUGAAGAAGCUAAGUACAGAAGAACUUAUCGAGCGUUUACUGUACUUCAAGAAUCUUCAUGAGAGAGAUGCGAAAGAUUUCGAGGAAUACAAAGCCAGCAGUCAAGAGAUGGAGGUAAUAAUGGAAAGAGAGAUUGAGGACGCACAACGUGAGGCGAAGGCAGCUACUGUGAAACUCCACCAAGUCACAGUGGAUGCUGAACGAGCCAAUAACAAACACCAGGCAGAAAAGCGAGAAUUUUUGAAAAUCGAGGAUGCUCUUCGUCGAGAGCUAACGGUUUUACGUGGAGAACAGGAAGCGAACAGAGCACGCAUCCGUGAGCUGGAGCAGAGGAACGACGAUCUCGAAAGACAUGAACGGAACAAUCAACAAGAAGUAACAGAUCUAGAAAAGAAAAUAAAUGAAAUGACCGAGCGCUUGACUCUGUUAGAAAAUGAGUUGGCAGAAAAGCAGACAACUACAGAAGAAAUGUACCGAUUGCGAGAAGAAAUGCGAGCUGCUGAAAGGCCUCUGCUCAUGGUUGGCCCUCUUCGUGCUGAGCGCCACGAUGAUACUCCUGAAGAACCUACUCCAGGAGACCAACUAAAACAGAAACCGCAACACAUCUCACGGUCUAUUGCUUCUUCAGUAGACGGAAGUGAAAAGAGUAAUGGCGUACAUUAUGGAUUGCGUUCCUCUAAGGACUCAAAUGGAAACGACAGCUCAGCAAUUUCUACGACACCUAUUUCUGGAGGAGAUGGCAAGGGUUUUGCAAAUUGCGUGAAUAGGAUCGUCAAAGAUUUAAUGUUGAAAGUGGACCGCCUCGAAAGCAUCCUCACUGAUUUGAACGAAUUUGUGUGGGAGAAUCGGUUGCAAUUGUUGGGUGUACACGCAUUCCCGCAUGCUUUGCAUCUGACUCCAAAAGAUCUUCCAUAUGGAUUUUCUAUUUGUAAAAUUCCUCCCACUCCUUUCGGCGAGUUUAUCUAA